AAGCGGGUUUUAAAAAUACCCCGCUUAAAAAUCUGGACUUUUGCUAUAAAUGUCUGGAAAUUCCAAAUUCCAUUUACAUUAGUGUAUUUCAUGCUAAAUGACACGACAGACAAGAAGGCAAGCUUUCUGGGUGCCGUGUUGAUUAAUUUUGUUGUUUGUUGCAAUGACAGAGGCGUGUGAUCAGAUCAAGCGAUGGUGGGAAUUGGGGUUUAGGGGGACAAGGCAAUGGGGGUUUUUUUCUAUUGCUGUUGUGGAAUCCAGGCCUUUUUUUUAAUUUUUUUCGGGCGCGCGUUCAUAACGCGAGGAGACGUUCAUCAGGUGUUUGUCCAAACCAAAAAAAAGAAAGGAAAAAGAGAGAUUGGGCUUUUGAUUAUUUCUCUAUUCUUUAAUUUAUUGAAUUUUUCCGUUUAUAAUUUCCAUAGACUUUUUAUUUCCUCUUUUUUUGUUAUCACCUCAAUACAGCAAUGCAAAAUAACCAGGGCGCGCCAAACCACAACAUCGAGUCAGGCGCCGACCAGGCCAAUGACGGCUCAGGGCUGGGCAAAUUCAAUCUGAACGAUAACAACUACCACCCGCAAACGAUCGCCAGCGCGGUAGCCGCC